AUGCUAUUGGUAAAGAACCUAGAGCAGAAACAUACCAAACAAGCGCUGAUUUUAUUUGGCUUUCAGAGACCAUUGUUAAAGCAAAACAUUGAUGAGCAUCCGAAGUGGCAAGAGGUUCACAUGGAGGUGGAAGAGAUAUGGUUUCGAUUGGGCGAUACUGUAGAUGGGUUGAAUAAGGAGUGUUUUGGAAACGAGAUUGCUUGA